GAAGCCCCCCCCCCCCUGCGGUCGACGCCGCAAACCGUCCUGCCACCAUGGUAGGAGCGGAGACGCCACCUUCGCCUCCGCCUCGGGGCAGCGGUUUUGGCAGCUUGCAGGAGGAACUGGACUACUACAAGACUGCGUACGAGACGCUCGACGCAGAGCUGCAGGAGUUCCAGUCGUCCAGCAAGGAGCUAGAGGCCGAGCUCGAGCGCGAUGUCGAAGAGAGCGAGAAGCGGGAGCGCAAACUGCAGGAGAAGGUGGAACGGCUGGGCUUCGAGGCUGAGGAGUGGAAGACCAAGUACAAGCAGAGCAAGACGGAAGCCAACAGCGCGCAGAAUAUCCUUCAGAAGGAGAUUACCAGCCUGCGCGAUGCGCAGCGAACACUGCAGCUCAGGCUCCGGGACAUGGAAGUCCAGAACGACGACUUCGAGCGGCAGACCCGCAACCAGACCUCGUCGCUCGAGGACAUUGAGACAAAGUACAACGUGGCAAUCGAGCGGGAGGUCAUGCUGGAGGAAGAGAUCAAGAUAGGGGAGCGAGAGCGAGAAGGACUACGUAUUGAGACUCAGCGACUUCGGGACGAGCUGUCAGAUCUGAAGAUCGAGUCGGAGAUCACACAGGAGAAGCUGCGACUGGCAGAGGCUACCAUCGAGAAACACCACCAGCGCACUGUUUCGAACCACUUGGCGAAGGACUCUCUGACAUUGCGACCGCGCUCACCCAUGUCAGAAGCUUCCACCACUAACACAAACCUCUCUUCGCCGACCGCAGCAUCCACCCCACCGUAUAUGCAGUCGGAUGCUCUGCGUCCAGACUCAACGCCGCCCUCACCACCACUGUCCGAUGCGCCCCUUGCGAUACGCCCAAUACCCUUUACGUCCCCCCUACCCACAAGGAAAGCCUCAAUUGCGUCGCGCGACCCAGCUGCUACGCCGAGAGCGGGAACAUUCGCCCGUCCACGCCACGCACGUGGGCCGAGUGUUUCUGGAAUACCUGCACAAGGUGCUGCAGGCGGCGGCGGUCGACGCACGCCUUCAGUCAUGCGCCCCCCCAGCGCUGUACCAGGACAGCGGCCAACUCGACCCAGUAUCGGGGGCAAUACGUCGGCAACUGGUCUGCCAAGGUCUGGCUCUCUUUACCAGAUUCGAGGACUGAUUGGCAAGAUGCAGAAGCUCGAAGAACGAGUACACUCAGCACGCUCAAAGCUGCCGGCACCCACGUCCACACCUCCACGAGCGAGCCCUCGAGCUCCGAGCGCAGCGGGCAACUACCUACCAACUUCAGUCUCAAUCAGGAAACGUGCGUCACAGGCGUCGACCUCAGCCUCUUCCGUUCAAGACAUCGCGAGUGGUGGUGGUGUAGGCCGGCUCUCAUUCGGUGUGCCCUCAAAUGCAAGCAACAGUCGACCCAGCAGCCGAGCGUCCAUGUCAUCCACACCUCAACUACCGAGACCCACGAGCAGACCCAGUCCAGUAACCAGAAGCAGUACCACGCGCACACCUGGCACGCGAACACCUGGAUCGCGCACUCCAAGCACACGCACACCCAAUACACGAAACCCGCUGGGCCACUACUCGUCAGCGUCGAUGAGCGGCCGAAUAGGAAAGGCCCCUCCUCCGAUUCUGCACCUUCACGAAGGACGACAGUUUGGCCGCACAUCUCUGAAUAGGCAUCCGAGUGACCACGGCCAUUCACAGUCUCUGUCCAUAUCGCGAAGCGACACAGGCAGCGACGAGGGCGAUGAGAGUGAGAUUAAGACGCCCGUAGGGCGACGUCUGACUAUGGAGAGGAGCGGUAUUCCCACACCAGGUAGCGCGCUUCCAAGGAGGACAAGUGUGGGAAGGAGGAUAAGCGCAAGCAUGGAUGGUGGCAUGGGCCCUCCGGUGCGUCCACGGAAGAUGUCGACGUAUGAGGAGGAGACGUACUAGGCUUGCGUGCUUUACCAGUAUUUGAUUGGAGGCGUUUAUACCUUAGGGCUAGCAUGGAUUUGGCGUUGGAGCAUUGGGCGUUACGCAGGUACCAGCAUCAUAGGGUGGCACUUGUGCAUAGCGUGAAGAGGGGGAAUGCAGGGAAGAGCAGGCCAUGUGCUGAACCAUGGCAAUUACAUAUCACUUAGAUACCAAUACCAUCCCCUUUGUCAA